GUGUGUGUGUCAGCUUGUGGGUGUUCUGAGGCAGAUCAAAGAGGGUGCGUGCGUCACAGGGUGUUGAAGUGUCGCCUCUCUUCUGCCCAGUGAAUGCACGAUGGCCGAUGAUGGAGUGGACCCUCUCCAAAGGCGCACAGCAGCCAAGGAUCUGCACAGCGGACCCGCUGAAGGUAAAGCCCCCAACCCACCCGUCUAAAACGAACUGCAUUCAUAAUGGAAUUGUUUUUCAAUUUUUAGAAAUGAGUUGUAAGAAAUGUUCUUCUAUGAAAUAUAAUUCAACAUAGAAGAAUUAAGGUGUUCCCUGAACCAUAUUAUGAUAGGAAAGUAAGCAAUUGCAAAAUGAUACUGCUUAUCAUACAUGUCGUUUACAUGUAUUGUUACACAUAUGCACGCAUGACAUCUGGCCAGUGGGACUCACGCCACACGCACACGCACGCACCCACCAAUACACUUACACAACUUUUGUGGUACGUUAAAUAUGUCCCAGACGCACUAAAAGAAAUUGGAGUGAAAAAAUGUGUUCAAAACAGAAGUUCUGGAGGCUUUAUUCAUUCCUAAGAAUUUAUAAUCUAAUUUACCGUAAUUGUUUCAUGAGGGACAAAAAUUGGGCCCCUCAUGCAAAAAUAACCGUGUUCCAAUCCUUGAAUCGUGGGGCUGUUGUAUAAUGGGAUUAUGAAAAUACUGCGAUAAAUUCAAUUCCAUGUAAUGUGUUUGUCUGUGUUUGUUUGUAUACAUGUGUGUGCGUGCAUUUGUGUGUGUGUGUUUGUCUGUGUCGUGCAAGUCUUUGUGUGUCGUGUGCGCGUGUGUUCGUUUGUCUGUGCAUGUGUGUGUGUGCGUGCGUUUGUCUGUGUGUGCGUGCGUGUGUGUGUGUGCGUAUGUAUGUACAUGUGUGUGCUUGCGGGUACAGACGCGGGGAUCUCUCCGGACGAGCCUGGAUGGAGGCAGAGUCGGAUGGAGGAGCCGGAGCGCCUGGUUCUGUGGAGGAAGCCUCUCCUGACACUGCACUACUUCUCUCUGGAGCUGCUGCACUCUCUGAGUGACUUCACUCUGAGCCUCUGGAAGCGAAGACGCUAUGUGUGUGGCGUUCUACUGCUGCUCCUCCUGCUCUUCAUCGCCUACCAUGUGGAGGGCUCCCACCAACAGUCCGUGCGUCGCGUCGAGAAGACGGUCCUAUGCUGCGCGUACUGGCUCGGGCUGGGGAUCCUGUCCUCCGUCGGCCUGGGCACCGGCCUACACACCUUCCUGCUCUACCUGGGACCACACAUAGCCUCGGUGACCUUAGCAGCGUAUGAGUGCGGUUCGGUGGAUUUCCCUGAGCCCCCCUACCCAGAGAGCAUCCUGUGUCCCCUGGAGGGGGGGGGGUCCGCCACCGGGGGCCCUGCCCACGGCGAGGGCCCCGCGCUGGGCCCGGGCGUCUCUCUCUGGACCAUCAUGUCCAAGGUCCGCCUGGAGGCCUGCAUGUGGGGGGCUGGUACGGCCAUAGGAGAGCUGCCUCCCUACUUCAUGGCGCGCGCAGCCCGGCUGUCCGGCGCAAACCCCAACGACCAAGACUAUCAGGAGUUUGAGGAGAUGAUGGAGCAGGGCGCUAACGCACAGGACUUUGCCAGCAGAGCCAAGAUGGCCGUUCACAAGCUGAUCCAGCAGGUUGGAUUCCUGGGGAUUCUUGCUUGUGCUUCUAUACCAAAUCCUUUGUUUGACCUGGCUGGAAUAACCUGUGGCCAUUUUCUUGUCCCUUUCUGGACUUUUUUUGGAGCCACUAUCAUUGGAAAAGCUGUGAUCAAAAUGCACAUCCAGAAACUGUUUGUGAUCGUCACCUUCAGCAGGCACAUAGUGGAACAGAUGGUCACUCUCAUCGGUGUGGUGCCAGUGCUGGGCGCGGCACUGCAGAGGCCCUUCAGGGACUACUUGGAGGCCCAGAGGACCCGGCUGCGCAGCCAGCACGCGGGAGAUGGGAUCCCAACGGAGGAGAGCUGGCUGUCGUGGCUCUUCGAGAAGGUGGUGUUGGUCAUGGUGGGCUUCUUUGUGAUCUCCAUCGUCAACUCCAUGGCCCAGAGCUACGCCAAGCGCACGCACCCCGCCAAGCCGUCCGAGGCCAAGAGCGAGUGACGGGGGGAGUCCGGGAUGUAGCGGGGGGCCCCAGACCCCGCCCCUCCUCUCCACCUUCCCCUUCACACGUCACGGAGGGCCUCUCGAUCCUCCUCUUCCUCCUCCUCCUCCUCCUCCUCUGCUCUUCCUCUCCGGGGCCUCUGCCACAGAGGGGACCCAUCGUUACCCAGAAGCCCCGGUGGUGGUGUCAACGCUCCAUGCGGUGGCCUUUGUCUCAGUGGUAGCUCGUAGGCUUGUGUGUAACCUGGACUUCCUUUGCUUCUGCUGUCAUGGCUGGCUCUUUUCCUUUAUUUUAUUUGCUUUCCGCUGAGGUAGGUUGGUUACUUGUUUUGUUGCCUGUUCUCAAGUGUGUGUGUGUGUGUGUGUGUGUGUGUGUGUGUGUGUGUGUGUGUGUGUGUGUGUGUGUGUGGUGUGUGUGUGUGUGUGUGUGUGUGUGUGUGUGUGUGUGUGUGGGAGUAGGUGUAGGGUGAUCUCACAUGGUGCUUGGGGCCAAUACUGGAGAAGGAAUGGGGCCUAAUGCUCCUCAGAGAGGCCUUGAGCUUAACACAUUAGCAGAGCACCUUUCACUAGCACCCUGCGCCUGAUCCCCUUACACGCUACUUCAUUUAGACCUGUUGUCGGCCUAAGCUACACCGCUCAGGGCCUCUCUCUUUACUCUGUUGUGAACUCGUGAAUGUGUUGUUACCGUGACGAUAUGGUUGAUCAUAAGCUUUCUAUUUCUGUUUAUCUUAUCGAUUAACGUUUUUUUGCUCUAUUCCCAGUGUACUUAUACAAUGUUUAAUUUUAAACGACACCGGCCAUUGCUCGGUGUGAUUGUGCAAUACACCCAUUAGAGCCGUCAUCAUGUGCACGCUAGUGCACGGCACAGUGCACUAGCGCUACUGCUGCCGGUAACCCAAGUAUUGGGGUUGGUAAGAGUGUCGUGGUAGGAGUGUAACGUCAGCAUGCCUGGCCGUGCGUAGUGAUUAGGAUAUUAAGUGGUGUGGUGAGAAGUAGAGUAGCAGAUUUGAUAAAGGGGGGGAAAUGUGUGACUGACGCACCUCCACCCCUGCUGGUUCCUUUGUCUGCCCCUUAUUGUCCUACUUCCAGGAAGAGAGUACAUGAGUCAGCCUUAGGGUACUCCACCACCAGAUGCAAGCACUGAAUCACGUCUUUGACAAUGUGUGUGUGUGUGCGUGGUUGUGUGUGUGUGUGCGUGUGUGUGUGUGUGUGUGUGUUCCCGAUUGCGUGAGGCAGGGCUGAGAGACAGUCUGGGGGGGAGAGAGAGAGAGAGAGGGAGAAGGAAGAGGGAGGUGGGUGAGUGAUAGAGAUAGUGGGCUGUUAGUGUGGCUGCCACAUUUGUUGCUUUCCCUCCCUCUCCGUUUCAUCUCUCCGCACGGAGAGAUGGUUGUGGCUGGGGCUAAUAGUGUAAGAUGCUAGUGUGCUAGUCUUUUGUUUGGCAGAUAAGAGGUUUCUCCUUAAAGUAGAUACAGUACCGGGGCUUGGCUGUCGGCAGUUUCUUUUUUUUCUUUUUUUUAUUGGAUGGGAUUUUUUUUUUUUUCCUUUGUCUUUCUCCCUCCUUUGGGCCUCAACCCGACCGAGUUUGAAGGACCGUACGAAGCCCCUGUUCAUCGGCUGAUGCCACCACGAGACCCCCGGACGCAGUCCCUUGCUUUUUAAUCACAUCUUUGUCUUUCCUCUUUUCCGGGGGGUGGUGGUGGUGGUUGGAUGGGUGGGUGGGGGUGGCCUCAAUUUUUGUUUCUUUUUUAUUAAUAGCAGCUGGCUUUCGGUGGUCGGUCACUCGGUUCAGCUUUGUCCUCUUUUUUUUUAUUAGGGAUCUUUUUCCGUUUUUUAUUUACCGGCUGGAUAAAAAAAAGAGUGAUGUUCUCCCUUCCCUCCCUCCCUCUCUCUCUCACUCUUUCUCUCCUCCCCGCCGCUGUGCACAGCGCAGCAGGCACGAGUGGUGCGGGCGGGGUGGGUGGGGGCGUGAGUAGAGGGGGGAGAAAGAAAGAAAAAACGAGAGAGAACGAGAGAGCGAGAGCGCAAGCGAGUGAGGGAGCGAUGAAAAAAAAAAAAAGAGCAGCAGCAGCAGCCCAGCGCGCCUGUGCUGUUACCUCGGCUGAACCUGCGAAUGAACCCGUUGCACUGCCUCGGCGCAGGAGCCAGGAGACGAAUCGGUCGGCUAGAUUCAAAACAGAGGGGCAGUGUUGAGCGGAUAGCGAGCCUCGCUUGCGCUGCGCUCCCGCUCGCCACUGGUCACGCCAUUCAGAAUCCACCGCUCCCUUUCCAUUCUGUCUGCGUGGUAAGUAAGGAUUACUUUUUUUUUUGAUGUAAAGAUUUUUAUUCCGUUUUGGGAUUUUUUUUUUUUUUCCGAGAAGAGGAAGUGGGGAGUGGGGGUUGAUGGGGAGGGGGGGGGGCAUGGGCGUGUGUCUGUGUGCGUCUGUCUGAGUGUGUGUGUGUGUGUGUCUCCGUGCGGUGCAUUACGUGUAUCCAUUCGCCCCGGGGGCGCUGUGUCUCUCACUCUCUCGGCCUGUCAGAUAGCUUAUCAGACUGGUGUUGGCUGUUAGAUUGCAAGGCGACAACAGUCUGUAGGCUGUCUGACAUUUUGAGCUCUUUCAUCUCGAACCAGCAUCCUGUUUUGUCCCUGCUCUCUUGCCGUCAUGCUGUGAUCAUUGUGCCGGUGAAGCGUCAGUUCCCAUUUGGCCGUGUUUCCGCUGUAAUGUCACUUCUCUUCUCUUUUUUUCACAAACCGUUACGGUGGAAUUAAAGACAUCGUUCCCCAUUCCUCCCCGCCCAUCCCCUCUCCCUCCCUCCCUCCCUCCCUCCCUCCCUGCCGUUGUCCGUGAUAGCGUUCGUUUCCUAUUUAAUGUGGGGGGGGGGGUGGGUGGACGGUUCUAUUUUUCCUACCACUAUAAUCCGAUUGGACGAUGGAGGACUCACCAUAUGCGCUGUUUUGUAUGCGAUGCACAACGUGCCUCUGUGUGUCGACGGUUCAUGCUUUUUCUGUCUGUUUUGUGGUGUGCGUUUGGGGCGUGCGCGCGUGUGUGUGUGUGCGGCCGCAGCAGCAAGACCACACACACACGCGCACACAUGGAUUUCCAUAGAAGCCAGAAAUGCACACCUUAUUGCAACACAUUCCAUUGUGACAGAGAGCCCCAGCACUCACAACUCGCCGCUCCACAACUGGGGCCCCCUCCUCGCUUCCCUUUUCUCUUUUUUCAUAUAUUCUUUUUUUUUUACACACUUCCCUCUUUUUCGUGGUUCCAGAGAACGAUGUGUUGUUGCUCAAUACGGCGCGGCGCGUUUUUCCUUUUUUUGCUCUCGGUCUCUUUCGUUUUUUAAAGCCUCCUUUUAUUGGAACAAAUUCCUCGGGGGAGUGUAGUUCUGUGGGCCACACUUUGCUUAUUAUGCAAAGCUGAAAGGAAUUGUGCCCCGACAGGGAGGUGCUUCAGCUACAUGUUUGGGGGGGGGGGGGGGGGGGGGGGGGUAGUGAAGGGGAAAGGGGGUGGUUAAUAUCGUGUUGUUGAUUUUUCUGUAUUAGUGGACAACAUCGGAAUGGCCCCUCUGGCCCGGGGAGUUGGUUUUUCUUGGCAGAUUUCGAACGUCCUGUUCCAUGAGGGGAGCCCCCUUUUGGCAUGCCCAGUCUACGCACAUCUGUGUGUGUGUGCGUGUGUGCGAGUGCAAGUCUGGAAACUUUGUUUAUGUUUAUACGUAUAAGUGCCUGUUUGGCUGUAAAAAAAAAAAAGAAAAAAAAAGAAAAAGGUGCGUGUACUGUUGUACUUAUUUUUUCCUGCUACAUAGGUAAACGUUCCGUCUCUUUCCCUGACUGAUAAAUAAAGGUUGUGU